GACCCGAACGCCGCCGAACGGACCCGAGGACACCCGAAGCGGUCUGCGGUCACCCGAACGUCGCCGAACGGACCCGAACCGGACCCGAAGAAUCCCGAAGCGCUCUGAAGGGUCCCCCCGAAGAGGCCCGAACCGGGCCCGGCCCGCCAUGGCCUUCUGCGGCCCCGCGCUGCUCCUCCUCGGCCUUCUGAUGGCCCCGGGGGUGCAGGGGGGCUGCGUGGAGGUGGAUUCGGAGACGGAGGCUGUGCUGGGAGCCCCAUUCAAACUGCUGUGCAUCGCCUGCAAGCGGCGCAGUGAGACCCCCGCAGAGGCUGAGGGGGAGUGGUUCUUCCGGGCUGAGGGAGCCCCCGAAUUCACCAAGAUCCUUCACUACACCGCAGAGGAGGGCGCCUGGGUGGCCCCGGGCCCUUUCGAAGGGCUGCUGUUCUGGAAUGGCUCCCGCGGCACUCGGGACAUUCAGGACCUGUCCGUCCGUCUGUCGAACGUGGGGCGGUCCCACGCCGGGCUCUACGUCUGCCGCCUGCGCCGGAACCUCACCUUUGAGGGCUACACCUACAGCCUGGCCCGCAAUAAGAGCGUGAAGCUGGCCGUGGUGGAGAGCGAGCGCCGGGACCUGGCGAGCAUCGUGUCGGAGGUGCUGAUGUACGUCCUGAUCGUGCUGCUCACCCUUUGGCUGGCGGCCGAAAUGCUGUACUGCUAUAGGAAGGUGGCGGCCGCCUCCGCACCGCCCCCGGACAGCGCCUCCGAGUACCUGGCCAUCACCUCCGAGAGCAAGGAGAACUGCGCGGGGGUGCAGGUGGCCGAGUAGCACCCAUGGGUGCCCCCCUCCCCCCCACCCUUGCA